UUUAUCGCAAUUCACCAUUUUACCAAGUCAAAAUUUCGAUUAGCUAUCAACUCAAUCAAAUACGAAUCAGUGUCCAACAAUGUGACUACGAUUUAUUCCGAUAAAAUUACUUACAUUUCGAGAAUAGUUUUGCUUCGAUAAAAUAGCUUGCCAUUUUAUUCAUAUGAGUUCUAAAACUUCAAUAUAGAUAAUUAAUUUGUGGGAAAUCUCGUAUCAUAUUAGCGAUUCAAGAUGAUCAACGAGAUCUUCGGGAUCGUGAACAAAAUCCAGUUCGGUGUGGAUGGUGACGUCGUGGACAGGCUACACCACAAAUACACAGUGUUCCUGUUAAUCUUCCUGGCGCUGUUUCUGACAACUGAGUCCCUUGUGGGGGAGAGGAUCAAGUGUUUCUCAGAUGUGGUCUACCCCAAGGCAUGGCACACCUACAUCAGCCGAAUCUGCUGGGUCAAAAACACGUACCAGUUGGACUUCGGCACUUCUCCGAAGGAAGUGGACGAGGAGGACAGACAUGAAAUCGUAUACUACCAAUGGGCGGCCAUUAUCCUCGCCCUCGCAGCUGUCAUGUUCUAUCUCCCCUGCAAACUCUGGUACUUCUUCGCCGAGAGAGCAGGUUUGAAUAUCGACAACAUGAUCAAGACGUGCAGCAACUUCGCGGUGGUUGUGAAUGACGAGAAACGGAAGGGAGUCUUUACUAACCUCGCUCUUUUCCUCGACAGAUUUUUCGACGCCCAGGCUCUGAACAGCAAGAGGCAGCGUGGAAUUGUUGCCCGUCUGUGCUCUUGCUUCAGUCGCAGCAGUGGGAACUACUUGGGAGUGGGAUACCUGUUGACCAAAUUGGCCUACCUCAUCAACGUCACUCUUCAGUUCCUCUUCAUGACCAUCUUCCUCGGAAGGUCAACCCAGUUCGAGAGUUUCGGCCUCAGUGUCACCAAGUUCAUAUCCGAGGGGAUGGUGUGGGAGGACUCCAGCAGGUUCCCCCGUGUGACUCUGUGUGACAUCAAGACCCGCCAGUUGGGGGAUGUUGAAAAAGACGAGACUGUGCAGUGCGUGUUGCCCCAGAACGUGUACAUGGAGAAAGCGUUUGUGAUUGUGUGGUGGUGGUAUGUCAUGCUCAUUCUAGUGACAGCUGUCAAUCUCUUCCAGUGGGUCAUCCGCAUAUUCAUGCAGCAGAACAACCGUGAAUUUGUGAAGGGGUACCUGCGUGCGAUUGACAAGUACCCCAUGACCCGGGAGGAGGUGAGGAACAGACCUGGGAUCCGGAUGAAGAUGGGCUACUUUGUGACCCACUACCUCAUGCAGGACGGGGUGUUCGUGCUCAAGUUGGUCAGUCGAAAUGUGUCUUCCCUCAUGAUGAGUCAGAUCAUGGGACAGAUAUGGCAACACUUCAUCGACAACUUCGAGGAGGAAAUGCGACAGAGAGGUAUCGAGGACACCCCUAUUGACGACAACGACGAAGCCGCUCUCGUGUCCCCCGGCGAAGGCGACAAUGACGAUGACGACAGCGACUCGGAGGAAAGUGACCCCUCGAAGACUCCCUUCGCCGAACACGGGACCCUGGAAGGAGACAGGAAGCCCUCCGCACCGCCAGAGAACAAACUGUACCCCUCCGUCUAACAAGUCUCUUGAAAAAUUGAGCUUAUGAUUGCAGAGAUGAAAAACGGCAUAUGCUAAUUGACGCUUCAAAAUAAAUGCGCAACAUUUUUUUUUACAAAAAGUUAACAAUGGCGUGCAAACCUUCUCCCUUGAUUUUUGAAUAUUGUAACU